ACAAAAAUGUUAAAAACUUCCAAUUUUCUUCAUUUACUUUAUAACAGAUCUCCUUUACGGAUAUUUCCGGUUGGUUGCCGAUACCUAUGUGCCCAACCCCCCUCGGAGACACCAACCCUCCAGCCUCCCUCGGAGUCAGACAAACCUGUAGUCCGGACGAUAAAGAAGAUGCCGGCUAGUCUAAUGAUGUUAAUAAACGAUCCAAGAUUUAAUCAAAAAUGGCCAUCUCCAGCCGCAAUCACUGAACUUACUCUUAAAUGUUCUGAAGCUGGAGUAAGUUUGCUUGAGAUAGAAUCCUACUUGGUUAGGGAGUCUAGGACUGGGAAAAAAGGUGGAAAUCGUUUCUACAGUCGACACAUCUAUGAAAAAUGGACCAAGGCAGUCGCUGAAAAUUCUGCUGACUCAAAUAUUCAAUUAAAUAGAUAUUUUGAUCACAUAGAAACAACUCUACUCAAAAUGGCAGACAAGGUAGAAGUCCCAAUGAAGAGAGCAGAGUAUGUUGUUUGUAUAUGGAGAUUGGUCCUACUCCUGGAGCAAUCUAUCCUACAGAACCUACAGGUCGAUUCUUUCCUUGCUUUUUGUGAAAAGUGCAGAUCAAAGCAUAAUGAUAUAAACAUGUUGGUUUUCCUAACCCUAGUUGAUAUUCAGUUAUCUCAGACUCCCCUUGAAGUUUCUCCUGAAAUAUCUCGUGAGCUGACAAACCUUUUCCAACCCUUCUCCUCUAAACCCAACCUGGAGCUGAAUCCCAGCUUUCCUAGUUCUUUCCAGCUCUGUCAGGCGGAGAAAGGUUUGGUUCAUCUCUGCUCCGGGAGCCUUGACGAUAAUGUCAAAUCUUCAAUCUUACUCAGUUUGUGUUUAUUGAGAUGGAAAAAAUCUAAUUUCUCUGAAAGUCUGGAAUCUCUCUCCGAAGCAACAAAUCUAUAUUUUUCAUCUGUACCUGAACAUUAUUUAAAGAACUCUUUAAACGAAAGUACGGCACGGUUGACCCUUCAGCUGUGUUUAACCUGGAUGGAAAUAUGCCGGUCAUGCUUAGCUCAGAAAAUGAGUCCUGCAAUAGAUUACCUACUUUAUCAAUCAGAAUUUUUUCUCAAAAGUGUUUCUGUCAUAGGUCCUCUUCCUGCGUAUCUAAUUCUCAUUGGUGCAAAACAGAGCUCGAACGUUCCUGAGAAUCUAGUAUCAGACCUGGAAAGCAUGGUUCCGAGAUCCUGGAGAAAUCCCAAGUUUGAAAAAUGUUUCACAGUCGCCACCAUGACACUGGAAACUAAAUCCCUUCUCGUCAACGAAUUCAUCAAGAAUAUAUUUAACGGAAAUAUUGUCGAACAGAAAGUGUUGACGAGUCUAAAUACGGCGAAGAAUGAAUUAAAAACAGACGAAAUUGCAUACAAAAUGAAUAAAACUGAGCCAAAAACUGAGUUGACAGGAGAAAAUUUUACUGUAGAUCUAUCGGACCCUACUCAAAAAGAAAUCCAAGAUGGCCGUCAUGAAAACCUCGAAAACAAUGCCGCGAUGAAUUUAACUCAAUCCGAAAACCGCGAAAUUCAACAGCAAAUGUUCGAUGUUCAAGUGCUUGAGUGUGUUGUUGAAAAUGAUAUUGAAGCUCUUCUAGAUUUAUGUUUGGAGAAAGCUAAGUGUGAUAUGUAUCCCGGAGAAGAAGCUACUCAUGCGAUUAUCCAGCAUAUUACUAAACAUAAAGAUAUAAACAGUUUAAGACUGCUUUACCGAGGAGCUCAGGAAGGAUCUAAGCACUGUUCUCUCUUCUACACAGAGCUCUGUAAUAUCCAGCUCAGAGGGGUCCUGGAUCAAUGGGAGGCUGGGAAGCAUAUUGCUGCCUGGAUAUCUCUAGUUGAGCUCUACAGGUCCAUUCUUUCAGAUAGAACUGAAGCUCGGAUUGGAUUGAACACUUCUGAGAGUUUAGUUCUAAGAUGUCGGAAUAUAUGCAAACUAUUCAUUGAAGAGGGAAUAGAGAUGGGAGAUCAGUUUCUACAUCCUAUAAGAAGUGGAGGACUGCAACUAGCUUCAGAAUAUAGGGAUGUAUUUGUACUGCUAGCAUACUGGGAAUCCCUGUUCUUCUCUCACAAAUUUGAACAGCAGAUGAAGGCUGAGCAGCUCAUGGAGGAUCAGGAGGAGAACUGUGUAUGA